GACUUGCAAAGCAGUUGAGGCCUGUGCGUGCGGCCAUCAGAAGAGGUCUGAAAUGAGACGUUGGGGCCGUUGCAUGGCCCCUGUCACCCAUAGCCAUGAAUAAGUGAUGAAGAAUGUUGGGAGCCCUGAGAAGGUGUCAGGAUCAGACAGGCAGACGGACAGACGGCAGGACGGACGGACGGGUGGCGGCUGCGAUUGGCGGCUCGGCGGCAGGCUGGUGGAAAAUGUCGUCGGGAGCAGGUGGGCGGGGAAGACGUGACGGAAGGGCCUGUGGGGGUGCAGGCGAGGUAGAGGAAGGACCAGUGGGCAUCCCCUUCCCCGAACACAGCGCUGACCUGCUGGGAAGUCUCAACCGGCAACGGCUAAGUGGGCUGCUGUGCGAUGUGCUACUAGUGGCUCAAGACAGAGAAUUCCCUGCCCACCGCUCCGUGUUGGCCUCCUGCAGCACCUACUUCCACAAGCUUUUCACCUCGGGCCUGGCUGCUGACCGCCAGAAAGUCUAUGCGCUGGACUUUGUGCGGCCUGAGGCGCUGGCCGCCCUCUUGGACUUUGCCUACACGGCCACACUCACAGUCAGCCGCAACAGCGUGGUUGACAUCUUAAGCGCCGCCCGUGUGCUGGAGAUCUCACCCGUCCAAGACGUCUGCACACACCUGCUGGACACCAAAGUGCUCUCCCCGCCGGCGGGCAGUGAGCAAGAAGAAGACCAGGAAGAGGAGGAGCGAGGAAAGAAUGGAAAAGAGCAGGGCAUCCGGCUGCGUGCCCGUGAGUACUUGGAGUUCUUCCAGAGGGGGGCGCAUUGGGGUAGCAGCUGCAGCACGCCAGAGCUCAGGGACCUGCCCGCACACCUGCACUUUAGCCAACGCAAUGGCGCUGACAGCAAUGGCACGCCCAUCGGCCCUGCUGACUACUACUCCUCACUGGCCCAAGCCCUGUCGCAGCCGCCUCGUGACCCCGAAAACGAGAAUGUGGAUGAGGAGUGCCAGGAUGGACCUUCAGUUCUAGCUCGAGGGAAAGGUGCAGAGGCUAUGAUGUCCCUUUAUGCUCCCACUCAGAAUGGACAUUACUACCUCCAUCAAGCAGAGCCCAAAUCAGAGAGAGAGGUGGAGGGGACAGGUGAGCGGGAGCACGAACAAGGCCCAGCCAGUGCUUUGCUACAACAGAUGAUGGACUCCUUGGAGCGGAAAAGGGAACAGGCCACGGCAGGUGGUGGGGGUGAGGAGGAUGGGCCGGAGGGCGAAGAGCCAGACGUGGAGUUUUACUUGAAGUACUUUAAUAGUGUGCAGCAUGAGGAAGCCGCCAGUGCCCCGAUGUCUCCAAGUUUGCUACCACUGUGGUCAUUACGGGGCAACGGAGGUGGUAACCAAACAACUGGAGGGGGUAACAACAGUGAGAGGAAGAUGCGCUCUAAGGCCUUCCAGAAGUGCCCUAUCUGCUCCAAGGUCAUCCAAGGUGCAGGCAAGCUUCCACGCCACAUCCGUACACACACAGGAGAAAAGCCCUAUGAAUGCGCCAUCUGCAAAGUGCGAUUCACCAGGCAGGACAAGCUAAAGGUUCACAUGCGCAAGCAUACGGGAGAGAAGCCUUACCUGUGUACUCAAUGUGGCGCCGCCUUUGCCCACAACUACGACCUGAAGAAUCACAUGCGCGUACACACAGGCUUGCGCCCCUACCAGUGCUCCAGCUGUUUUAAAACCUUUGUCCGCUCGGACCACCUCCACCGUCAUCUCAAGAAAGACGGCUGCAACGGCAUCCCUUCCCGUCGAGGCCGCAAGCCACGCAUACGAGAUUCUGAGCUCCUGGAAGGUCCUCUGGAACUUCACGGCCCGGAAGCAGACAUCGAGACAGGUCGGCGGCAUCUGGACAGGGGCACCGGAACAUCAGUCAUGGAGGAAAAUCACGGUAGUCACACGCACAGUCCGGCUGCCGACGGGGAAGGUAGUGAAGAUUUGACCUCGGGACAAAGGAACUCCGCGACAACAUGAAUCGGACUUCGUCAGAGAGGGCUUUACUCGAAAACGAGAGGAAGAACGAAAGCGAAAAAUAAGAAAAACAAACAAAAAAAAACUACAUGGUCCUCUUUAAAAAACCAAAUCAGGGUGUCACGCAAAUCUAAUCUUCUAGUUUUUUUUUCUUCCUUUUUUUAGCUUCUGCAUUCCGCAUAGAGACUAACCACCAAGUUACUGGUCUUGUUGGAAGAGCGAAGGGCACUUCAAAUCACUCACCCGUGCUGUCACCAUCUUUCUGGGUCUUUUUGUUGGUGUUUUUGUAACAAUGGCGUACGAGAAAAAGCUACUAUGCAGUUUAAACAAGUUCCUCAUCUCUGGGUUGCAUCUACAGGGCCUUGUCUUAAAAAGUAAGGUGUCAAACACCAGGCUGACUGCUGCUUCAACGGGUUAGCUAUGAACGGUCUAAGAUGUGAUCAAGGCAACCAAUAGAUCUCUUUUUCUAAUGCAAUGAGCAACAUGUACAUACACUAUAAGAAAUUCUAUUGUCUCAGAUUGCAAUAUAUGCAAUACUCUGAUGCAGCACCUUUUUUCUAAAUGUUCCAGAAAGAAUUGGACAGGGGUUUGAUUUAAAGUGUUACUUUCUCUAUAAAAGAUGUUUUCUUUUCUUUUUUUUUUUUGGUGUAACAGGUUACCGUUUUGAGUCGAAUCGACAUGGGGAGAUUUCGUUAAUUUGUUUCUGGCAGGGAGAGGGUAAGACAAGGGAUGAGGUCCUGUGUUUCUAAAGCACUACCUUCAUCUGAUCGCCACUGGGCACAAUCAUGUUAAAUCUUACCUCUCACAGGCCUGCUUUUCCUUAUUCCUUAUCUCUUAUUUGGGGGAUUGUCUUAAUAUUUUGUCGUUUGAUUUUUCUUUUGACCUUUGAGUUGACUAUUUUGGGUACUUGACACUUUACAUUUGUAUACGUGUGUAUAUAUUAGGUUGUAAUCUUAUGAGACCCUUUAUAAGAUGUAUAUUGCAGAUAGAUAGGGUUACAUCUUCCUUCAGCUUCACUCCAGGUUUCUCACCGCGCUAAGUUCGCAAGGGGAAACACGCUGUUUGAUGUUUUAGAGCAUUAUAAUUGAGAAACCCAUUUUUUUUCCUAAGCUGCACUUAAUGGAACCCAGAAGUUUCCGCCCAAAGUAUGAAUUGUGAUAAAUGUACUUCAUUUCGAGUCUUUCUGCAGGAGAGCGAAACUGUAUGCAACAGAUGAGUGAGGUGCACCGCUGUUAUACAAACGGCUGGUGAACAACUUAAGCAGGGAAUCGUUUAUUCGUUUGUUUGUUUCCUCGACAGAAAGAGAGAUAAAGAGCGAGCACCUUUUUUAUGCAUUUGCACAGCUUUACUAAAGAUAUCCAACGGAGAUAGAGAAAUAUCUAUUUAUGGAGGCAGUUUGUGUUGGGAGAUACAAAGUGCUUAUUCAAUAUCUUUGCCCAAGGGACCACGAAAGAAAAAAAAAUCUGAAACAACCUGAGCGAUAAGACGAGCAAUAAAUUUACGUCCAAUUCCAAAUAAGCACACAGCUGUAGCCGAGUAAAAUGGAGGGUCCACUUUUUAGCAUCGUUAACAAAUGCAAUGUAGAUACAAAAUGGGAUCAGCUAUACAAACUUUAUCGCCUUUGUUCAAUGCAAAAGACUAGCUGAAGUUUUGAAAGUAAGUGUCCUGAAAACCUGAGACCUUUAUUUUAAAAUAAUAUGUGCUUCCUUGUGCUAGUGAGAAAGGGUGCAGCAACAUCCUAUGGCCACAUCAGAGCAGGAUGACUCACUGAGAGGGGCCUGGAGCGUCAGCAGGCACUUUGUGGGCACGUUGAGACAGGCUCUCCCCAAAAUCCAGCAGAGUGGGUGCUUUGGCUAAGUUAGGACUAAGGCAUGUAUGAGGACAAGACUUGACUAAGGCGGAGCCUUUAAGAGCCGAUGAAGUGGCACAUUCGAACGAAACUUUCUAGCCGUGGAUGCACCGUUUUGUUUCAUUAGAGGAUGUAACAUUGUACACCCUGUUUAUCGGCCUUUUGCACCUUAAUAAGAAAGAAGCAAGAUUUGAAUGCACUUUGUUACUGAGAGGGGCACUUUUAUGUUAAAAGAAACGGGUACUUUCAAACAAGAGCAAACGUGCUAAACAAAAAAAAAAAAAAAGAGGCCCAUUCAAGUGGUGAUACUUGGAUUUUUGUUCGUUAUUAUUAUUUUGGAUUGUUCGCAAGUGUUUAGGUCAUGACACCGAGCUGCCAAAAAGUGCAGUCACUUGAGAGAAAGGACAGGUUUGAAGAUUUAGAAGAGUAACAAAGAAUAAUAAUUGCACUUAAAGUUGAUCGAAAAGUUCUCUAUUUUGUCUUAAUACAGAAGAGCGUCAAGAUGUGCAGGGAUUUACGAUAAUUACCUACAACUACAUACUCCUCCUUUUUAGUUUCUGUCAGUGCAUUGUGAUAUGCUGAGUUUCGCUGGUCAAGUCUAGUGUUCACUAUAAAUUAGCUGUUGAAGGCCACACCCUAACCAUCACACUACUGUAAGUUACGAAGAAAGAUUGCGUGUGACUGGACGACAGGGCAGAAUUAAUCCUUCUGGAAAUUCCAGUGUGAGAGCUUGUGUUUUUCACACCCCAAAACACUCAGUUAAUAAUACAUCACAUGCUUGCAAGGGUGUGUGGUAACACAUUGACCUAGACCAUCUCUUAUCAACCGUUUCACUCAUCGCCUGCGUUCAUCCCAUGCUAAGUUCCUUUCCGGGAUGUAUUUGUACCUAUGCCACGACCCGAAUUUAGAAGCAGAAGUUGAAAUGGAAUUGUUGUGGAAAAAGCCUACUUGAGUUCCCUUUUCUGUCUAUUGUUUUUGUGAGAGUUUCAAAUUUGCGAUGCUUUCUUUUGUUUUGUUGUACAAUGUGUUGCUGCAGCUUGUUUGUUUUUCUAGCGAAGAUAUUGCUAGCUGUGUUUGUGGGGUUUAGGGUUAAAUGGUGGUGGAUCUUAGGGAGGGUUAGGUGGGUGGGAGGGGAAGGGAGGUACAAAGCCUGAUAGCACUGGAAAUGGUGCUUUAGCUGAGAACGAGUUUUUGCACUAAAAGUCACCCAUGUCCUUGUCCUUGGAGGAGGGGGACUGGAGAACCGGGCAAGGCCUUUGAGUUUCUGUGAACGCAAGUCUGUUUAAUCUCCACUUCACUUCCCUAUACUUACGUCUGCAAUUAACUCUUUGAAAACCAAAGUAGGGAAAGACUAGCAUUACUUGAAGACCAUUCUUGGCCAUUACGAGGUGAAUCUUGCGUUUUACGAACAGAACGAGUGUAGGUCAAGAGUCCAAAGCAACUACAACAGAAAUAAGCCGCUUGAGGAAAGACACAGUAUUCACGGAAUGGCUUAUUUCCAAUGGUUAACAGGAUCAAACCUUAAGCAUCUGUGUCUACGUAGCAGUUUGGUGGAGUUAUUAGAGGUCUUUGUGAGUUCGCACAGACUCAUUGGCUUGAUCUGGAGUUGGGGGGGUGUGGGAGGGGGGCGUAAGCUUUGUUCAGUGGGUCCAAAAGGAGUCGGGGCAGAGUCUUGAAGCUUGACAAGUGGAGAAGGAUUUUGGAGAGAAUGUGCCUUAACUUAAAAGGAGAUUGGGAGGAGGAUUCGAAAGAUGGCUUCCAUUCCAGCUUCCCGAGCGAUUCUUGAACACUUGUGGACAACUAAAAGGUUGCGUAAGAUCUUCGUCCAGAGAUUGUCUACUACACCUCAACUUGUAAAUACAACUAGCUAAAACUUGGUAAAAAAGUUGAUCGCAGUGAGGAGAUUCUGUCAUCUUCCAUUUAGCGCUGUUUAUUGCUUCCGCCCCUGAUCGUGACUCCACUGACAGACACUACAGCGAGGAGGUGUCUCAAACUACCAUUUCCAUGACUUUAAAAGCACCAUGUGUAUGUAAUAUCCAAAUAUUAAUCUAUUUGUGUCUUUAUUUGUUUAAUUUAUUGGACAGGAUGUCAAAAAGCAUUAAAGAUUACAAUGACAGCGAUAACCGUAAUAAUCAUGGAGGAUAAUCUUAUUACAAUUCUAGAUGUUCUGGCUGGGUCGAAGCACAACUAGCUGAGGACGACAUAAUGCAUGGCUAGAUUCGCACACCUGAUCCACUGCUGUUUGAUGCCCAGCGGGCAUGUUGCACAAGGAGCGGCUCAUGGGCGGUGGGUACUAGUUUGCACAGAUUGGGGAGGGUGGGUGGCAUUUUUGUGCAGUUCGGGCAGGGGAACCAUGUCUUAAAAGGAGGGUUUGGAGAGCCUCGUCAGGUAUUGCUGUGCCAUUCUAUGUACCUAAGGAAUUUAUAGCCAUCUACUAUAGUCUUUGACUGCCUCAGCUGGUUAUGUUUCACUGAUCAAGGAGAUGUUCUGGAGAACAGAUGUCAGAGGUUGUGGUGGGAGGCAGGGGGAUUUUGGGAUUAUGGGCCAUUGUCUAUGCUUCUCAGGUUAAAUAAUCACGGCAGUCCAUGUCCAUUUUCGUUGUUUGGUUUGAGCUCAAAUUUUGCCUUCUGUAUAAUCAAAGCUUUAUUGUACCGAGAGUACACCAACCGAAUAUAUAUUAUGAGUUUUGAAAAUUAUAUCGAAAGCCAACUACCCAUGUGACCACAACACCCUCAUUUUUGUUUUGCCUAACAACUGUACAUUCUUUUCUAGUGUAGAAAAACAAUGGCAAAAUGUCUUUUUUCUAACGUUUUAAAACACUGAGUGGUGUAUUGUCUCAGAAUGAGAAUUGUGGGAUGGAGACAAGAAGUCUGAGGUCUUCAACAAGUCAAGGAUGCAUUCCAUAACUUCCUCUUAAUAGCUGUUAGAACAGAUGCAGGUAGACGGAAAAGAGGCGUUUCUUAAGUCUUACGUUUUCCUCUACCCAGAAUGUGCAGGGAAGAAAGUGUGUUGGGCUUCAAAAAGCCAUCAAGCUGAACGCAGUUCUGUGAUUGUAACAAAAAGCACUUUGCGAAAGGCCAUCCAGAAUAUUCUGUGCUGUCUCCUUUGAUUAUUACUGUUGUUGUUAUUGUUGUUUUUUUUUUGUUUUGGUUUUUUUUUUCAUCUUGUUAAUGCAAUUUUUUGUUAUCUCAUUGUGGAUGUAAUGAUUUAUUUAAAUGCAAAAACUACAUGAAAAGAAAAGAAACUUGAACAUGCGAUAUAUUUGGGUUGAAGUCCAUUUGAACUGCCGCCCCGUACCACACACAUCUCUGGAAACAAGGAAUGUUCAAGUUGUCUUACAUGUUUUCUUUCAACAGUUUUGCACCUUUAAACCCAAAUCUCAUUACAAAGGACUUUACAUUUGCUUAAAGGACAUUUCUUCCUGGGUUUCCAUUGUUCUGCAGUACGCUUCAUAGGCAAAUACAGAAUUUAUAAGAGAGUAGAUCUAGAUUGUUGGUAUUGUUAGGACAUAACUAUCCCAAACAAUGUCCACUACAAGGCUGCAGAUACGCAACCUGCAACCCUGACUAAGGCAGUCAGGUUUGGACCAUUAUACAACUUUCCUGCAUAUGGACAAUAUGUCUCUAAUUGCUUCCUUCUAAGUUGUUAGACAGUAAAAUAUAUUUUCCAUAAUGUUUUUGCAAGAGUUUAUAAGGGACUCAUUAUAUACUCUAUUCCAAGCUAACGUUUCUCGCAUCAAAUCUGUGCGCUUAAUUCAUUAUGUGGGUAAUCAGCUGAACGGACACAAGCUCUGCACAGAAAACAAUAAUUCAUUUUCAGGCUUUGGGGGCACUUUUUAACACUUUGGGGCGGCAGAAAAUUCCCAGUGUCUCAGGCUUGGACAGCAGAAACCCUUUUUUUUUUUUUGUUAAUUCAAGUCCUGUUCCUUUCCAUUGUCUGUCAGUGUGUGUUGAAGCUAUUGAGAUGUACAGGAGAAUUUGGGAGAAUUUGCACUUUUGGCGAUGAAAAGAAUUUGUAUUGUAUAUGAGACCACUAAAUCUACAUCGUCUAAAUCAAACAAUUCCAUGUUGUUUUCCUUUUUUCAUUUUAUUCUUUUUCUUUUUUGUUUUGUUUUAUUUUUACAAAAUAUAUCCAAAAAUGUCUGACGUUUAAGAAAUAAGACAUUUCUAUUAAAAACAGAAUGUUUACGA